UUUACAUUGGUUGCUACGACAUUCAAUUGAAUUUCACAAUCCUUUGAAUCUUAUUGAAUUUGUGUAACGUUUCAUUUGAAGCAAUUGUUUUUUUUCGUUGUCGAAAUUAAAGAAAAAGUAUUGUUACAUUUUUAUUGUGAAGAAAGUUGAAAAUAUUCAACAAUGUCUGAAGAAUUACCUUACAAAACUGAAUAUGCAAAGUCUGGCCGAGCCGGUUGCAAAGGAUGCAAAAUGAACAUCGCACAAGGAACACUCAGAUUGGCUGUCAUGGUCCAGUCGGCAUUUCACGAUGGAAAACAACCAAACUGGUUUCAUCAGGCGUGUUUCUUUAAGAAACAUCAUCCCGCAAGUGAAGCGCUCAUCGAUGGAUUUCCGAAACUACGCGUUGAAGAUCAAAAAGACAUUAGAGAGAACUGUGGUGGUGCAACCGCAGUCAUCCCAACGUCAAAGAAGGGCAAGAAACGGUCAGCCGAAGAUGGUGAAUCUUCAUCAAAAGGAAUGGCUAUGUUGAUCAAAGAUUUUGGCAUUGAGUACGCCAAAUCUGGGCGUGCAGCGUGCGCUGGUUGUCAAUUGAAAAUUGUCAAAGAUGAAGUACGCAUCAAGAAAGUACUUCAUGACACUGAAAUCGGCAUGAAAUUCGGCGGACAAGCAAGUUGGCACCAUGUCGAAUGUUUUGCACAAUUACGUUCUGAGCUAGGUUGGUUUGAAUCAGCUGAAAAGUUGCCGGGUUACAAAAGUUUGAACAAAGAUGACAAAGCAAAUGUCAAAAAACACAUUCCAGCAAUCAAACAAGACAUCGACGAACCAUCGGUGAAGAAGGUAAAAGUCGAUGAAGUUGACAGUGCACUUGAAGCAAAAAUUGAAAAACAGAACAAGGAAUACUACAAACUUCGCGACAAACUCGAAGGUCAAACAAAAAAGGCAGUGCAAAUUGCCAUUUUGGAAGCAAAUCACCAAGCCAUCCCCGAGGGAAAUUCAGAAGUUUUGGACCAUUGUACGGACGUCAUUUUCUUUGGUGCUCUAAAACCAUGCACGAAAUGUAAGAACGGAAAUUUCAUCUUUGGAAACUCGUCGUAUUUAUGCAAUGGAAACUUGUCCGAAUGGGCAAAAUGUGACAAUGAACAAAAAGAGCCUGAACGUGUACCGGUAAAAAUACCUCAAUACAUCAAAGACGAAUACUCGUUCUUGACAACAAAAUUCAAGGUGAGAGCGCGCGCAGUGCGAGAGGUGCCAGCGUUUCUACAGGCAAAACUCAAAGUUAAAAAAGAAGAAGCCGAUGAAAUUGAUGCGCCACGUGUUCAUCGUGAAAAGCCGCCGUUGUAUAACAUGGAAUUUGUUAUCGUUGGAAAAACUGAAAAGUCGAAAGAUGACAUCAAAAAAAUGAUUCAGAAACUUGGCGGCAAGUUGGGCACCAAAAUACACGAUAAGGUUGCUGCGAUUAUAUCAACCGAAAAAGAGGUUGAACGAUUGGGAAGUCGAAUGCAAGAAGCAAAAGAUCUCGGAAUACAGGUGGUUCCUGAGAGUUUCUUGGACGAUGCAAAAGCUGGCAAUGCUGUUUCUUUCAUCAUAAGUCAAAGUUUGUGCGAUUGGGGAACUGAUCCACACGUUCGCAUCCCCCAAGAUGAACUAAAGUCGAAGUCAAAAAGCAUUUACACGAAAUCCGUGCCAAAAUCACAAAAGUUGAAAUUGAAAAAUGGAACUGCCGUUGACCCUGAUUCCGGACUUGAGGACUGUGCUCAUGUUUACUGCGAAGGAAAGAUAAAGUAUUACGCAAUUCUUUGCAACGUUGACAUUCAAAAGGACAAAAAUUCGUACUACAAAGUUCAGUUGCUGGAAUCUGAUGAUCAUCGAAAAUACUGGGUUUUCCGUUCGUGGGGACGCAUCUCGACGACUAUUGGCUCCAAUAAAUUGGAAUCAUAUUCAUCGUUGGAGGAAGCACGAGAAGCGUUUGAGAGCAUUUAUGAAGAAAGAACUGGAAACUACUUUGGCGAAAAGAAAUUCGUCAAAUAUCCGGGGAAAUAUUACAAAAUGGACAUUGACUACGGCGAGGAAGAAGAAGUGCGCAAACUGGCCGAGUCCAAUGUCAAAUCCAAUUUGGCUACUCCAGUUCAGGAUCUAAUAAAGUUGCUCUUCGAUGUAAACAUGAUGAAACAAAUGAUGUUGGAAUUUGAUCUCGAUACUGAAAAAAUGCCGCUCGGCAAGCUCAGCUCCUCGCAAAUUCGUGCUGCAAUGCGUGUAUUGCAGGAAAUAUCUGAACUCAUUCAAAACAAUGGAUCACCGGGACAAUUUAUCGAAGCAUCAAAUCGUUUCUAUACGAUGAUUCCACAUGAUUUUGGCGUUCGUCGGCCACCAGUAAUCGAUACCAAUGAACAGGUCAACACAAAAUCCGAGAUGUUGGAAACUUUGCUUGAAAUGGAGCUUGCUUACGGUUUGUUGAAUGAAGAAACCGACGUCAAGAAGAAUCCACUUGAUGCACACUAUGAGCAAUUGAAGGCCGAAAUCGUUCCGCUUGAAAAAUCAACCGAAGAAUACGAUUUGUUGGUGAAUUAUGUGGUGAAUACACAUGCACCAACUCACACAAACUACGCACUUGAGGUUGAAGACAUAUUCAAAGUGGUACGCAAAGGUGAAGAACGACGAUUCAAACCGUUCAAGAAGCUCCACAAUCGUCAAUUGCUAUGGCACGGAUCUCGGCUUACAAACUUUGUUGGUAUUUUGAACCAUGGACUGAAAAUUGCACCUCCAGAGGCACCAGCCACCGGAUACAUGUUCGGAAAAGGUAUCUAUUUUGCCGAUAUGGUAACCAAAUCUGCCAACUAUUGUGCUACAACACAUUCGAAUAACACGGGCUGCAUGCUCUUAUGUGACGUCGCAUUGGGAAAUACAAUGGAACUGAAAAAGGCAGAAUACAUUCGCCAGUUGCCAAACGAUAAACACUCAGUAAAGGGUUUGGGCAAAACCUAUCCUGAUCCAAACGAGGCUUGCAAACAUGGUGAUGUGAUCGUACCAAAAGGAAAGCCAAUCGAAGACACUAAGAUCAAGUCCGAUUUGCUGUACAACGAGUAUAUUGUUUAUGAUGUUGCACAGGUCAACAUCAAGUAUCUCUUCAAGCUCAAAUUCCAUUAUCGGCGUUAAACAAUCACGUCACAUUCUUUGAUUCGUCUUUUACCACAAAUAUGACAUACGCAAUUUUUUGAAUUUCCAUUGAACAAGUCAAUAUUUCACUUCAAAUAAUUCGUAUACGACUUUAUAUGUUUUUUUCGUUUCAUUUAUUAUAUUAAACGUUGAUGAUUUAUGACAUUCAGAUAAAUAAAA